AUGUUCAAGAGACGAAAGAAUCCGAAAGGUUUGGUAUUGAAUCCUAAUGCAAAACCAAAAGAUGAACUGGUCGAUAACCAAAAAACGUUCGAAAACAACAUGGAAACAUUUAUGGAGCAGUGCGCCAAUGUUAAUCAGCGGCCUGCGUGUAUUUCCGAUUUAAGUAAACAAAACUUAACGGUAGUGCGCCGUCUAGGAGAAGGAAAUGGAGGAGCUGUCGCUCUUGUAAAGUACAAGAAUCUGUACAUGGCUCGGAAAACGGUAUACGUGGGUGCCAAUACAAAUCUGCAGAAACAAAUUUUGCGUGAAUUAGGCAUUCUGCAUCAUUGUCGAUCCCCAUUUAUCAUUGGCUUCUAUGGUGCAUUCUUAAAUGAAAAUAGUAUUUGCUUGUGCGUAGAGUAUAUGGACUGUGGCUCUUUGGACGCAAUUCUUCGCGAAGGAGGACCUAUUCCGUUAGACAUACUCGGAUGCAUAAUUAAUUCAAUGGUGAAAGGACUUAUUUAUUUAUAUAAUGUGAUGCAUAUUAUUCACCGAGACUUGAAACCUAGCAAUGUCAUCAUUAACUCAUUAGGUUAUAUCAAGCUAUGCGAUUUUGGUGUCUCAGGCGAACUGGUAAAUUCGAUAGCCCAUACCUUCGUUGGCACGUCCACUUACAUGUCACCAGAAAGAAUUUGCGGUGGUGACUAUUCUGUAAAAAGUGAUAUUUGGUCACUUGGAAUCACUAUUAUUGAGCUGGCUACACAGGAGCUUCCAUGGUGUUUUUCUGGUGUCAACGAACCAAUGGGUAUUUUGGAUAUUAUGCAUUGCAUCGUUCAAGAAGAUCCCCCUAGAUUGCCAGAUUCCUUUCCUGAAGACCUCCGGCUGUUUGUCGAUGCUUGUUUACAUAAGGAUCCCAAACUUCGAGCUUCUCCUCAGCAACUAUGUGCCAUGCCUUACUUCCAUUAUACUCUGAUGAAGAAUGUCGACGUUGCUUCGUGGGCGUCUCAAUUUCGUUCACUUUAG